AGUAUUGAAACAAAAUUCGUGCGGUGAGCAUUGUGAAGCGUCUGCUUGAAAGCAAAGCAAAGCGAAAAAGUGAAUUUCAUUUUCUGCCCAAAGAAAACUGAAAAGUAUAUUGUUUUUAAAGUUAAUUCUGUGAAACAAAGACAUACAAGAUGCCUGAAGAAGCUGAGACUUUCGCAUUCCAGGCUGAGAUUGCUCAGCUCAUGUCGUUGAUCAUCAACACAUUCUACUCGAACAAAGAAAUCUUCUUGCGUGAAUUGAUUUCCAAUGCGUCUGAUGCGCUCGACAAGAUCCGCUAUGAAUCGCUGACGGAUCCCAGCAAGCUUGACUCCGGCAAGGAGCUGUACAUCAAGCUAAUCCCAAACAAGACCGCUGGUACACUGACCAUCAUUGAUACCGGCAUCGGUAUGACCAAGUCCGAUUUGGUCAACAACUUGGGCACAAUUGCCAAGUCGGGCACCAAGGCAUUCAUGGAGGCAUUGCAGGCUGGUGCCGAUAUUUCCAUGAUUGGCCAGUUUGGUGUUGGCUUCUAUUCGGCCUAUUUGGUUGCCGACAAGGUGACCGUCACCUCAAAGAACAACGAUGAUGAGCAGUACGUCUGGGAGUCGUCCGCUGGUGGCUCAUUCACUGUCCGUGCCGAUAACUCCGAGCCCUUGGGCCGUGGCACCAAGAUUGUGCUGUUCAUCAAGGAGGAUCAGACCGAUUACCUGGAGGAGAGCAAGAUCAAGGAGAUUGUCAACAAGCACUCCCAGUUCAUUGGCUACCCCAUCAAAUUGCUGGUAGAGAAGGAGCGCGAGAAGGAAGUUAGCGAUGAUGAGGAUGAUGAGAAGGAGGGUGAAGAGAAGAAGGAGAUGGACACCGAUGAGCCCAAGAUCGAGGAUGUCGGCGAAGAUGAGGACGCCGAUAAGAAGGAUAAGGAUGCCAAGAAGAAAAAGACGAUCAAGGAGAAGUACACAGAAGAUGAGGAGUUGAACAAGACAAAGCCCAUCUGGACACGUAAUCCCGAUGAUAUCUCCCAGGAGGAAUACGGAGAGUUCUACAAGUCGUUGACCAACGACUGGGAGGACCAUUUGGCUGUGAAGCACUUCUCCGUUGAGGGUCAGCUGGAGUUCCGUGCUCUGCUUUUCAUCCCACGCCGCACACCCUUCGAUCUGUUCGAGAACCAAAAGAAGCGCAACAACAUCAAACUGUACGUGCGCCGUGUGUUCAUCAUGGACAACUGCGAGGAUCUCAUUCCCGAGUACUUGAACUUCAUCAAGGGUGUGGUCGACUCCGAGGAUUUGCCGCUUAACAUUUCCCGUGAAAUGUUGCAGCAGAACAAGGUUUUGAAGGUCAUCCGUAAGAAUCUAGUCAAGAAGACCAUGGAGCUGAUUGAGGAGCUCACCGAGGACAAGGAGAACUACAAGAAGUUCUACGACCAGUUCAGCAAGAACCUAAAGCUGGGCGUCCACGAGGACAGCAACAAUCGCGCCAAAUUGGCCGAUUUCUUGCGCUUCCACACCUCGGCCUCCGGUGAUGAUUUCUGCUCAUUGUCCGACUAUGUGUCGAGGAUGAAGGAGAACCAGAAGCACAUCUACUUCAUCACUGGCGAGUCCAAGGAUCAGGUCGUCAACUCGGCUUUCGUUGAGCGCGUCAAGGCACGCGGCUUUGAGGUGGUCUACAUGACCGAACCCAUCGAUGAGUACGUCAUCCAGCACUUGAAGGAAUACAAGGGCAAGCAGCUCGUGUCUGUCACCAAGGAGGGUCUGGAACUGCCCGAGGAUGAGACCGAAAAGAAGAAGCGCGAGGAGGACAAGGCUAAGUUCGAGAGCCUGUGCAAGCUGAUGAAAUCGAUUCUGGACAACAAAGUUGAGAAGGUUGUCGUCUCCAACCGUUUGGUCGACUCACCCUGCUGCAUUGUCACCUCGCAGUUCGGCUGGUCCGCCAACAUGGAGCGCAUCAUGAAGGCCCAGGCUCUGCGUGACACCUCCACCAUGGGCUACAUGGCCGGCAAGAAACAUCUGGAAAUCAAUCCCGAUCAUCCAAUUGUCGAGACACUUCGUCAGAAGGCCGAUGCCGAUAAGAACGACAAGGCAGUUAAGGAUCUGGUCAUUUUGCUGUUCGAGACAUCGCUCUUGUCAUCUGGCUUCUCGCUGGACAGCCCCCAGGUGCACGCCAGCCGCAUCUAUCGCAUGAUCAAGCUGGGUCUUGGCAUCGAUGAGGAUGAGCCCAUGACCACCGAGGAUGCCCAAAGCGCUGGCGAUGCUCCAUCUUUGGUUGAGGACACCGAGGAUGCAUCCCACAUGGAGGAGGUCGAUUAAGCAGCCACACAAACCGACCGCCCCGCCCCUCGCACGUACACACACCCCACCCCCCACCAAAAGGAAAACCAUACCAUUACAAAAUUAUUUAAAAGUUGAUCACAUUUCAUUUCCUUUGUCGGAACCGCUUCUUGUGUUGACUUGACAACAUAUUAUUUAAUACUUCAGUUUACAUUGUAAUUUGUAUUUACGUUGUGUCGCGUUAUAGGCGACAGAAAUACGCUUAACUCAAGGAUCAAGAAUAAUUUGUACUAUUAGGAUUUACACAUUCAUUUAGAGCAGUUGUCGUUUAUAAGAAAUUUCUAAUUUAGAAUCCAAGUAAUUAAUGUAACGAAAGAAAGAAAUACAAAGACUUCGUAUGCGUUAGCUAUUUAAUGGAAUAUGUAAUAAGGUUGGAUGAUCGGAUCGAUGAUAAAACAUAAACUAAAAUAAACAAGCAAAUGUGUUUAAAAA